ACCAAACAGUGGGACCCUUUGUGCGGAACGACUGACACCUUUUGCGAGCACAAGCGUUCAUUCCAGCAAAAAAUUGCGGUACAAAUUGCAAAAAGUGCUUAUUCCGCUAGCGAUUGGAUAAAAGUCGGUUGCCAAGAGCCGCCCAACACGCAUAGACAGGCAGAAAGACAGACGCGCGUGCAAAAAGGGCUAAGUGUUGCUGAUUGCUAGCAGAAAUCCAGGACUCGAGGACACGUUCGGCCGGAAGUAGAGACGCCAGCAAGCAGCGACCAUGUCCGGCAUUGCUAUCACACGUCUGGGGGAGGAGCGCAAGGCCUGGAGGAAGGAUCACCCGUUCGGGUUCGUCGCCCGACCCGCCAAGAACCCCGACGGCACCCUAAACCUGAUGAUCUGGGAGUGCGCCAUUCCCGGCAAGAAGUCCACCCCCUGGGAGGGCGGUCUCUACAAGCUGCGCAUGAUCUUCAAGGACGACUACCCCACAUCGCCGCCCAAGUGCAAGUUCGAGCCGCCGCUGUUCCACCCGAACGUCUAUCCCUCGGGCACCGUCUGCCUGUCGCUGCUGGACGAGGAGAAGGACUGGCGCCCCGCCAUCACCAUCAAGCAAAUCCUGCUGGGCAUCCAGGACCUGCUCAACGAGCCGAACAUCAAGGACCCGGCCCAGGCGGAGGCCUACACCAUCUACUGCCAGAAUCGGCUGGAGUACGAGAAGCGGGUGCGCGCCCAGGCCCGCGCCAUGGCGGCCACCGAGUAGUCGGGCUCCUGCCAGUCACCUUCCCUACAUAGACAUUAACAAAUACACACACAUCUAGCCGGUAAGCGUUUGUUUGGAAUGCUUUCCACAUCUACUUAUUUUUAAAAAUCGACUUAUUUUGGACAGCCCAAAGCGGCAUAUACAUAAUUUUUUAAUGUUCUGCACUUGCAUAAUUACCAGCUUGUACCAUCUGCAUAAAUCCCAAUAAGUCCUGUAAUUCUACGAAGAGCCCCAAAGUGGCUACGUGGCACCCAGAAGCAGACGCUCCCUUUCAUCUUCGAUUCUGGGUGCAUGUCCGAUUAUUCUACGGGCUAUUUUGUAUCGCAAGUACUACGUACAAACAUAUGUAAUUUCAAUAAAAAUGUAUUAGUUGUAAAA